AUGGAGCUGCUGUUGUCUGGUUUGUUCCUGCUUCAAGUGCUCUGUUUUGUCUCUGGCUAUCCAUCCGGUGCUCCCACCGGUGCCUGCGAGGAUAUGAUACCUCGCCACACUGGGAUUUUACCUCAACCUUCUCCAGCACCCUACACGCUUCUCACCAACACCAAGACGUUUGAGCCGGGUAAACCCAUCACAGUGACGAUCAGCGGACCAGAGUACAGAGGUGUUCUUCUGGAGGCUCGGACAGACGGCAGCACCAACGCUCUGGGCAGCUGGCUGAGUCCUCCUCCAGACACUAAGUUCCUCGAGUGUUCAGGAAAUCCACAAGGUGCAGUGACUCAUUCCAACACCAACGUGAAGAGCAGCAACACUGUGUACAGCUGGAUGCCGCCCAACUCUACGAGCCCUGUCCACUUCAUGGCCACAGUAGCUCAGCAGCGCGCCGUCUUCUGGGUUAAUGUGAGGUCCAGCACUCUGAGCAGAGGGAAACCAGCUGGUCUCGGUCUGGCUACAGGUGCAAGUGCUGGAAUAUCUAAAGAAGAUCCAACUGAAUGUGAUCAGGUCGUGCUCUAUGUAUGCCACACCACCGGUGUCUUUUUCCAUCAAGGCAAGGUCAUUCGUCCAUAUGAUGGGGAGGCUACAUAUGCUGUAGCUGUGAAGAUCUGA